AAACUCAGUCUUGAAUUAAAGAGCCGACGUCAUAGCUGAAGUAGCUACACAUACCCCAUAUACAAUUGGACCAAAAUGUGGAUGUUGAAAAGGUUUCCUGACAAUACUGAAAGUGUCAUGAGAGUGUACCACAUUUGAUUCGGCUGAUUGGUAGGAAUCGUCAUCAUCAUCAUGGUUCAACCAUCCUCCAUUGGAGGUUCUCCUACCAGAAAGGUCCAAACCUCGUUUUUCCACUAUAUCUCGAGUGAGGUGACACGGGGGUAUGAGUUGGAGCACGAUGAGGCUCGCUACACGGCUCGUCGCCAGAAGAUGUACACGUUUAUGCGGAUUCCGCGAGAACUGGAGAAGUUCAUGUCGUACGGGUUCUUCCAGUGCUUGGAUUCCUUCCUCUUUGUGUUCACCUUCUUGCCCUUACGAUUCGUCUUGGCCUGUUUGGCCUUGCUAUGGCGGGUCCCCUUGGUUUGGCUGGGUGCUUUGAGGCCGUAUCAUGGUCGGAGUUUGUUCCCAGCUGAAAUCAUUGAUCUCCUCAAGGGCCUCAUCAUCGCGGUCUGUGUCUAUUCCAUGACGCACAUUGACACGUCGGUGAUGUAUCAUAUGAUCAAAAGCCAAUCUGUGAUCAAGCUAUAUCUGUUCUAUAAUAUGCUAGAGGUUGGAGACCGCCUCUUUUCCGCUUUUGGGCAGGACACGAUCGACGCCUUGUUUUGGACAGCCACGGAACCUCGGAAUAGGAAACGAGAGACCAUCGGAGUGAUUCCCCAUUUCCUUCUCACCGUCACUUACGUGUUUCUACACACUCUAUUGAUCUUACUUCAAGCAACCACCUUGAACGUGGCUUUGAAUGCUUCCAACAAGGCUCUGCUGGCGAUCAUGAUGUCCAAUAAUUUUGUGGAACUCAAGGCGAGUGUGUUUAAGAAAUUCGACAAAAAUAACUUGUUCCAAGUUUCUUGCUCGGAUGUCAGGGAGAGGUUCCAUCUCUUCGCUCUCUUAUUUGUCGUGGUGGUUCAAACGAUGAAGGAGUACGGAUGGCGAGAAGAAAGUUUUUGGUCCAUGGCCCCAGAUUGUUUGACUGUUCUCAUGGCUGAGUUCAUCGUUGAUUGGCUCAAACAUGCUUUUAUAACUCGCUUCAACGAAGUGUCAGCCGAGGUCUACAAGGAUUAUACCAUAUCUUUGGCUUACGACCUUGCCCAAACGAAGCAAAAGCACGCUCUGUCGGACCAUUCGGAUCUGGUGUCGAGGCGAAUGGGUUUCAUGCCCCUUCCACUAGGCGUGGUCAUGAUCCGUGUGAUUUGGACCUCAAUCCGCUUCAAUGGUUGGGGUGCUGGAAUUGUGUUCGUCCUGGCCUAUUUAUGUUUGCUUACAUUCAGAAUCCUGGGCUCCAUCGUAAUUUUGGGAAAAGCCUGUGAUCUAAUCGACCAACAUCAAGCCAAGCAAAAAGAGACUCCCCUACCAUCAGCCACCACCACCACCACCACGACCUCAGCCUCAGCCUCAUCGUCGUCCACGGCGACUUCAGCCUCCACCCACCCAUCAUCGAAGCAGCAGGCACAAAAAGCUACGAGCGAGCAUCAUCAUCCUCUGGCGGCAAAUAAUGACAAAGCGGCAAGAAGGAAGGACUCGGGGAUUUCGGUGACUCCAUUUGCUCCAGUGAUGCCUCAGUCUCAAGUGGAUCAGUUGGCUCAGAAUGUACUUCAAACCAAUGGAAGGGAAGGUAAUCAGUCUGAUAAGGACACUGGAGAAGCCUCCCUCGUGUCAUCAGUCUUGGUCCCGAAGGUGCACGACACGAAUAUUGGAGUCAACACACUUAAAGCGAAAAAGAAUGACUCCUCCGGGGAACCCCAAAGAGCCAGAGAUGGAAAAAUAACCUUGGCUUCCACUCCAUUGGGUCCUCCAUCUUGCUCGUCUUCAUUAUCGUCUUCCUCCUCGUCCUCGUCCAUUUCGUCGUCGUCAGUCCUGGCAAAUAAAGAUUCCAAAUUGAAUAAGGCAGGACCAUUCUCUGCGGCCGGUGUGGCGAGAGAUCAUGAAAACCCCAAAAUAACAACUCCACACAAGACCCAUGACGAUGGAAUGCUUGAUGAGCGGGUGGAUAAUGCACAGAUCUGGAGCCAGGGUUCUCAAAGUGGUACUCUCACUCCGACCACCUUGUCUGAAAGCAGGUUCUCGGGUGGAUUGUCUGGUAGCCACUUGUUACCAGAUCUCCUCACAUCAACAUCCCAAGGAACAACCGUCCCAACUUCAGCCGUCACCCAGGGAAGACGAGAGACCGCGUUGUUGAUGCAAAAGGCCACAUUAACAAGAGUUUCUGAUCAAGAGGGAUCGACUCUGCAGCCCUCAAACAGUAGCUGUGGUAGUGGUGCCAAUAGUGUUGUUCAGACGCUUAGUGCUGCCGAGGGGCUCCAACACGGCCAGUUGAAAGAAAAUAACCACAAGGGAGAACAGAGAGGCCAUCUGCCACAAUCGAUUGAGAAGAAGAACAAUGACAAUGGGGACACGAAAUUGGGCCUGAUGCAGACAUCUGUUGAUACCCAGUCGGGUGAUGGAACAUCAUCAAGAUGUUGUCCUGGCCUGUCGAGGGUCGAGGUCGUUAGCAAUGGGAACAGUCAAGCCACAUGGAGCGGCAGCCACACUAACACCAUCAGUGAGAAGCAAUUGUCAGAAAUUGGUUGGGGGGACUCGGGGGUCGUCCAAGCCAAAGGUCAUUGUGUGGAUGGAAAUGGCAAUCCAAAUGCCAAAUUGAAACCCAUUAGCGGCCCAAACUCUGUGAGUGAUGAGAGUACAUUCAUGUCGACAGAGAAAUGCUCCCAUAAAGUUGAUGGUCCCCAUCAGGGCGAAACGACUUCUGCCAUGCCUUGUGGCGUGGAAACGUGCUGGAGCUAUGGCCGUAAUGCCCCUGAUUCUUUCCGACAGCAUUCCAAUCACCGGGUUCGUACCUCAACCGUCUGCACCACAGGAGACAUUGAUCUCCCGCACUCCUCCAUUGUUUCCUUCUCGUCCAAUGAGGAAGCCUCGGAAGGGUCAUGCUGCUCACCCGGAGGGACCAAAGGCUGUGCAUCCUCCACCUCCAAUUCGUCGCCUCUUCGCUUACGAUCCCUCUCAUCACCUGAUUUUAUGAAGAAUGACCGUGUUUUUGACGCCGAGAGGGAUUGGCCCGUGGUCAUAGAUAGUGGGGAUGAGACCGAACACGUGGGAGACGCGGAGGAUCAUAUGAUGCUCCAAGAAGCACACGAGGUUCACACACAAACUGCGUCAUUGCUUUCGGCCGUGGCCACUUUGGUUCAGUCGGCGAGCAAUCGGGGGAGUCGACACAAUUCGUCCGAUGAUUGUCCUGCCUUGCGGCAACGUCUGUCCUCGGGUGAGACUUCUGCUUCAAUAAUCCAACUGGAUAUGGAGAGAUCCAGUUCAGAUGGAAAGGGAAACCCUGCCUAGAGAAUUGGUCUUGCCAAAUGCACACUGCGAAAGCUGGUGGGUUUGAGCCAAUUUUCUUAUCCCCCCCGCAUCCAACUCCACCUUCUCUCCUCGCCGUUUUGAGAUCAAAUGGGUAGGUUUAUAUUUGCAUUUCGAUUAUCGGAUUAUUGGCAAAAUCUUGACAAAAAUAUCCUCCCCGCCCCAUUACCACUUCAUUUAGGCUCCCAUUUAUUACUACACCUUCACUUCCAUCACCUUUCACGAAGAAGUCCUUUGGAGAGCAACAACACCCUUCAAAUUUUGCUUGUUCAGCUCCUCAGAUCUGUCCGAAGAGACUGUUGGCAGGAACGGAAACUGCAAAAAGUAUCUGCGAUAUUUUAGGAGCCCUUUUUGCCUUGGUUUCUUUCUUGUUGGGGCUCCGUACCCCGAUGCUGCUGGCCCAUAAAGCGUAGAAAUAACCAUUCCCAAAGCAACAGUAUUGCGCUAUUUGCCAUUGUGAAAGCCUAUUGAAUGCACUGGUGUAGAAAACUUGAUGAAAAUGCAAUACGAAUCACAAGCCUCUCGGACCUUGGACCCUGUUUAGGAGAUAUUUAGGGUUUGAGGAAAUACAGGACCCCACUUCGAUUCUUGAGGUUCUUGUCACUUAUAUCCUGAUCCGGUGUGGAAAUAUGAGUACGUUAUUGGUUCUUCUAUUUUGGAGCUUGUAUUUCAUUGUUAUGCUGGUAUUACAUCUGGAUUUAAGUAUGUGUAAUGAAAUAUCAUCUACGAUCCAA